AUUCUCGAAAGUGAGCUUCGCAUUGUGACAUAUUCUUAGUUUGAUUUUAAAAAAAAAAAAAAUUAUUAAUAGGGAAAACAAAAUAAUCCAACAAGCUUUCAUAUUCAGAAGUGAGAAUUUGACGUCAGAAACCAAAACCACUUUUGAGUUUUCAUGUUGUAAAUGCCAAUCGGGCAAAGAUGGAGAUAGUCUUAGUUUAGUUCAUAAAGAUUAAAAGUGGCGCCUAUUCGUACAUAAUUUAAAUCGAUUUUUGUUUGUUUAAUUAAAUGGCUUGGAGUUGGAGAGUAUUUCUAGGGUUACUGAGUUGCACAUGUUUGGACGGAUUAACUGAUCAAACUGUGAGGCAGGUCAAACUGUGGGACAGGUCAAUAUGUGAGGCAGGUCAAACUGUAGGACAGAUCGAUCUGCGAGACAAGAUGUUUCCAGGCCUGAAAUUGAAAAGAUAUUAAAAAAAUAAACGCACGUAUCGGCACGACGCCUUGUUUAGCAGACGAUACAAAAAACUACCGACACUUCUACAUUCAAGUAAAUGAUAUAAAAACAUGUUUCAAGCCUAAACCAUUCUUGUUCCAUCACUUCCGGGUACCGGGGAGUUGUUGACGUCACACGCCUUGAUCGCAGUCCCCGGUGUUCACAUUGUAUCACUUUGUUAGGAAGGGCAAUCUGUGAGGGAAGGUCAAUCGUUAGGACAAGUCAACCUGUAAGGGAAGGUCAGUUAUUAGGACUGGUCAAACUGUGAGGCAGGUCAGUCAUUAGGACAGGUCAAACUGUGAGGCAGGUCAGUCAUUAGGACAGGUCAAACUGUGAGGCAGGUCAAGGCUAGAGGCAGGUCAAGGUGUAACCUUUGAGACAGGUCAAGGCUCUAGGCAGGUCAAGGCUCUGUGAGGUUCGUAUGGUGACGAGACGGAGCUUUACUACACCAGCACACAUCUGUGACAGUCAGUGACAGUGACAGUCUGGGGAAAGAUGGGAUGUAGCUCAGUAAGUUGACACUUGUUUACAGAGUUGGAGUCAAUAAAAAUGACACCCUCCUCCUCCCCCCCUCCUCGCCCCUCCUCCAUAUUACGUUUAAGGGCCCACGCUGACUAUGUAGAUCCUCCUGGCAAGUCAUCACCACUUGUUGAUUCAAACAACCAAAAAGCAUCUCAAACUAUUGGCGCCAAUUCAAACAACCAGAAACCACCCAGUUGAAAGCUUCUCAAACUAUUGGCGCCAAUUCAUAGCAUUUUUUUUUAAGUAAGGCAAAAUGUGUAGUUUUUUUUUUUUUUUUGUACUAAAGCAGCGGUUCUCAACCUUGCUAAUGCCGUGACCCUAUAAUACAGUUCCUCGUGAUGUGGAGACCCCGGCCAUAAUAUUAUUUUCAAUUCUACGUCAUAAAUAUGUGUUUUCCGAUUGUCUUAGGCGAGCCCUGUGUAAGGGUCGUUUGACCCCCAAAGGGGUCGCAACCCACAGGUUGAAAACCGCUGUAUUAAAAGCACAUAGAUGUAACUUCUUACUAAUGUCACAGAUGUAAUUUCUUACUAAUGCCACAUAUAUGUGAUUUUUUACUAAUGUCACACAGAUGUCAUUUCUUACCGAAAUAUGCGCACACGAUAAACGCGCACACGAUAAACGCGCACAGAAAAAUCCGCACAUACAUAGUUGCGCACAGGAUAACUGCGCACACCGACAGUUGCGCACACAGAAAAAAGCGCACACCGACAAAUGCGGACACAGAAAAUUCCGCACACGGACAAUUGCGAACGUUGACAAUAGCGAACACUCACAAAUGCGCACAUUUCAAUGACAUUUUCUUUUAAGCCACAUUUUUAGAUUUAACAUGGUUCAGAUCAGUUGCCUAUCAGCACAAAAGGCAAGUUGGGAAGAAUAAAAAUCUACGAAUCAGGGAGACAGUAUGAUAAAAAUUGAUUUUAAAAAUAGUUUAAACAAAAAAACUUAAAUAGCGAAAUAUUUUUUUAAAUGCUUUGAGUAUAGUUUUAAAAAUCAGUAUUUCUUCUUUAUUUAAAAUGAUUCUUUCUAAUUCUAGCCACGUAUAUUUGACGACUAUUCUUUUACGCUGAUGACCAACAACUUUUUAAACUCUUUAAUGAAUUUACAAUUACAUAUUAAAUGUAAAAGGCCGUGUAAAUUCACAUGGUGCGCAUUUGUAUGUGUUCGCUAUUGUCAAGGUUCGCAAUUGUCCGUGUGCGCAAUUUUCCGUGUACGCUUUAGUCGCUGUACGCAAUUUUCUGUGUGCGCAACUGUCGGUGUGCGCAGUUUUCCUGUGCGCAGCUAUGUCUUUGCGGAAUUUUCUGCGCGCGAUUAUCGUGUGCGCGUUUGUCAUGUGCGCGUAUUUCACGGAACCAGUAUUUUCUAACUAAUGCCACACAAAUGUAUUUUCACACUUAUGCUAACCCAAAAGAUUAUAUACUAGACUAAUAUUAUUGCCGGUACACACAUAUAUAGUGCUCAGUAAGUAAUGUUUUAACGAUCAUUGCCAUUUAUUUAGUAGGGUGGGGACAGUGAGUGCUGUCACCAUUCACUGGGUGGGGACAGUGAGUGGUGUUACCAUUCACUGGGUGGGGGCAGUGAGUGGUGUUACCAUUCACUGGGUGGGGGCAGUGAGUGGUGUUACCAUUCACUGGGUGGGGGCAGUGAGUGGUGUUACCAUUCACUGAGUGGGGGCAGUGAGUGGUGUUACCAUUCACUGAGUGGGGGCAGGGAGUGGUGUUACCAUUCACUGAGUGGGGGGUAGUGAGUGCUGUUACCAUUCACUGGGUGGGGACAGUGAGUGGUGUUACCAUUCACUGGGUGGGGGGUGUGAGUGGUGUUACCAUUCACUGGGUGGGGGCAGUGAGUGGUGUUACCAUUCACUGGGUGGAGGCAGUGAGUACUGUUACCAUUCACUGGGUGGGGGCAGUGAGUGGUGUUACCAUUCACUGGGCGGGGGCAGUGAGCGGUGUUACCAUUCACUGGGUGGGGGCAGUGAGCGGUGUUACCAUUCACUGGGUGGGGGCAGUGAGCGGUGUUACCAUUCACUGUUUUAUCAUGAACGUUCUUUACUUAAUAUGGUAAUGCUACACUUAAGUGUAAGGGGAGAUCAUGUUUUCUGUCAGCAGACCAAGCCAAAAGAACGUGCAACAAUAGUGGAAGUGAGUAUCGUCUCCCUUGUUUGUGUAUGUAGAUAAAUUAUAGAUGUAAGUAUUCAUGAACUCUUUUGCCAAGAUAGAGCACCAACUCAGAUGAACACCCCUUGGUUUCUUCAGUGUUGUAAAAAAAAAAAAUGCUACCUGUACUGUGAGUUCUGUCAUUAAACUGUUCUCAUUUGGCUCAUUGACACCCUUGAAUCUUCAUAUUGUGUAUGCAAAGUGUGAGGUGAGUAGACACCAUAGCAUUAUUCAACCGCUGUUCAUUUCAUAUUCAUUCUUCCGAUGAUUUUAUUAUGAAUUUAGAUGAAUUAGAUUGAUUUAAUAGACUAUAUUUAUCCUAGAUUUAGAUGGCUUUUAUAUUCAUUAUUAGAUUUAGAUGACUCUAAUAUUCAUGAUAAGAUUAAGUUGACUUGUUAUUCCUUAUUAGCUUAAGUUGACUUUGAUAUGGUAAUUAGAUUAGAUUACCCGGUUCUAAUAUUCACUAUUAAAUUUUAAUGAAUGCUACCGAUGUACUCAUUAUUAGUUUUAGAUGACUUUGAUAUAGAUUAUUAGAUUUAAGUGACUCUUAUUUUAUGUUCAUUAUUAAAGUUAGACGAAUUUUAUAUUUAUUUAAUCAAAGAAAUAUUCUGAUUUAUUACCAACUAUUAAAAUUUACAAUGACAGAGCCUUCCAAAGGGAAGUAAAUCACUGAUCACGCUGAGGAAUGAAACACUGGCUGCCCAUAAUAAAUUUAGGAAGCUGCACGGAGCGCCACCUUUAAAACUGAGGUAUAAGUACAUAGAGGUAUCCUUCUUGUUCAAACUUUCAGAUGUCUUACCUUUACAUUAUAUUAUAUUACUUAAUGUAUUUACCUUUAAUAAAUGUACUAUCUUUUCUUAGUAUAUUACCAUUAUUUAAUGAAUUGCCGGUACUAUCAGAUAUGUUUCAACCAUACUGAGAGAGUUCUGAUAGAGCUCCCCAAAUGCUAGGACAAGCCUUGAAAAUAACUACUUCAUUUUUGAAUGGUGUAUAUUUGAGGAUUUUAAAACACAUUUUUUCUAUUUGGAAGCUGAAACACAUCCCACAAGCAAGCACUAAGCAUUGUCUCAUUUUUUCAUAGCUACUUGUAUGGCCUAAUGAAAGGUUUUGAAAUUAAAAAACAAACAUUUAAACUGCAAAUAACUACAUCAGAUUUAAAAAAAAUAAAUCAAUUUGUGUUGCCUUUUUUAUUAAAUUUAUUUAUAUACCAAUACCAGUACCAGUAUAUAAUUUUAUAUAUAUACCGGGUAUAUAAGUCCAAUAUAUUGAUCCUAAUUUAUAAUUAUCAUAGGUCCAUAAAAAACAGUAGCUUGGAGUUUUUGUGUUAGUUUUCAUAUUUAUUAAACAUUAUUUUGUAUUCAGGUAACCUCUUGACCAAUCUCAUUAAUGAUGUUCCUUCACAUGCCUGCUUUGAUUUUAGUUUAAAUAUUCGCAUUGACUUUUGCAGUCCGGAUUUGAAUACCAUGGCCCAGAAAUGGGCAGACUAUCUGGCAGACAAGCAGGUAUUUGAACACAGUCCUGAAAGUCAUAGAUUUGGUGCAGGUGAAAAUCUGGCUGGCCACUCUGACAUCAUCACUGGUGAGGACUGAUAGAUUUUUGCUUACUAAUUGAAUGCUGAACUGAUAAUAACUUUUGGUUUGAGAAUGUCUGAAACAGAAGUUUUUAAUGUAAUUCUGGCCACAGAAUCUUAAUCAGUAUAAGCUACAUCAUACUAGUGGCAGAUGAAAAAAAGAAAGUUUACUCAGGUGCUGGCUAAUAUAGUAUUGUUGAGUUGCCAGUCAAACUGACAUAGGAAGGCAGUUAGAUAGAGAGUGGAGUGGUGCCAAUAUAGCAGGGGUUGUGGGGGGGGGGGCUGUGUAACAGAGAGUGGUGUGGUGCCAAUAUAGGAGUUGUUGGGAUGAGCUGUCUGAUAGAGAGUGGAGUGUUGCCACUAUAGCAGGGGUUUGGGGGACCUGUCUGACAGGGAGGGGAGUGGUGCCAAUAUAGCAGGGGUUGGGGGGUGGGGGGGGGGGGCUGUGUAACAGAGAGUGGUGUGGUGCCAAUAUAGGAGUUGUUGGGAUGAGCUGUCUGAUAGAGAGUGGAGUGUUGCCACUAUAGCAGGUGUUUGGGGGACCUGUCUGACAGAGAGUGGAGUGGUGCCAAUAUAGCAGGGGUUGGGGGGACCUGUCUGAUAGAGGGUCGAGCGAUGCCAUAAUAGCAGGGGUUGAGGGGAGCUGUCUGAUAGAGGAUCGAGUGGUGCCACUGUAGCAGGACUUGAGGGGAGCUGUCUGAUAGAGAGUGGUGGGGUGCCACUAUUGCAUGGGUUGGGGGAGCUGUCUGAUAGAGGGGGUGCCACUAUAGCAGGGGUUGGGGGAGCUGUUUGAUAGAGAGUGGCUGGUGCCACUAUAGCAGGGGUUGGGCCAGUUUAUCAAUAGCUUAUGUUGUAUACUUAACUGUAUGGAUAUCUAUUUUUUGAAUUACUAGUAAAUAGUUGUAGUAGAACUGUAAUAGUGUUUACAAAAAGGGAAAUAAUUCAAAAUUUAGUGGUGAUGUUCCUUUGGUGUCAAAUAAACUUGGUUUGACUUUGAUAAAAUAAUCACUACCGGUACAACAUUCAGUGGAUGGGUAAAAAACAUGCUUGCUGUUGGUUUUAUUUCCAUUGAAUUGCUUAUUAUAUUAAAUAAUGAUUCUAUUAAAUAUAUAUCAAACAUAAAUGACACUUAGAUUCAAUUGUUUCAUUAUUUUAUUUCCACCCUUUUUGACAUGUCAUUUGUAGUUGUUAUACAACAAUGGACAGAGCAACUCAGAUGUUACUCACUAUCAUCUAGUAGUCAAGUAGUUAAAAUAUUUUUUUAAAAAAGAAAUACAAAAUCAAGCCAAAGAAAUAACAUACAGACUCAUUUACAACAUGACACUCAUCAAGACCAUACAAGGACAGAGUGGGGCAAAUAGAAUGUCUACUCUGCAAAUCAGGGGCUGAUGAGAGUGAACAACAUGUAUAUCUGACAUGCAACACAAUCUUACAGACUAAAUUUACACUUAGACAAAUCAUACAAGCAAGUACAGUUCACACAAAGAUAUAGACCAGAUCAAUAACACUGAUCACAAUAUCAGAAUCCAAAAAACAAGAAACAACAAAAAAUAAGUCUAAUAUUACUCUCACAAUACAGAAAACAUAUAUGGCACUACAGACUUUAGGCUUUUUUCAGAAACAUAAUUAGACUACACAAACAUUACAUUUGAAAGACUUUUCAGAUUUAAAAUACCAAACAAUCAUCCAAAACAUAAUUUUAAUAUAAUAACAGAAGAAAAAUACCUCAAUUAAAACAUUUGUUAUAAUCCCAAUGAAUCCUGUGAAAAAUUUAAAAUUAGUAUCUAAUUUUAUAAACAGUAAUAAUUCUGUAAAUAUUUUAUUUUUAGUACAUGAGUUAAAAUUUUUGUUUAGUUAAAAUUUGUUUAAUAUUUGCCUGUAAAGAGGUUAUUUAGUACGUUAUGUACCUAAUUGAUUUUUUGUUGUUGUUAAUCACUAUAAUUUUAUGUGUAAAGUAAGCUUAAACAGUAAUUCUUUUCAAUUUUAAUUUAAUUAUAAUUCAUGUAUAAAAGUAAAAGACAAAUAACAAUUUCAAUAGUUUUUAAAAAACACAAUUUGUCUUGAAAAAAAAGUUCUUUUGAAUCUAGUUUAAAAACAAUUGUUUAAUAACAUUCUAUGUAUAAAAAGGUUUCAUUCAAAUUAUUUUGUUUUAAAAAGUUAAUAGUAAAUAAUUAUUAUUGGGAACAGAAGUUGGGAAUAUUUAUGACAUUGAUUUUAAAAUAAAAAUUAAAAAAAUGGGUACGGCCCAUGAUGUUGCUACAGAAACAAGAUUCUUGUGAGUCAAAAUAUGAAGCAGGGGUUUGUAUCUGAAGCAGGGGUUUGCCCAUAUAAGGCACUGCUGCAUGUUAUCUGAACCCAAAAUUAAACCCCAAAAAAUCUCCCAACUGUGUUAACCUUCUCACAGUUUGCUUGUGCUGCAUUGAUUUCAGGCAAUGAACUUGUUGACAUGUGGUACAGUGAAAUCAUGGGGCACAACUCUGCUAAUCUCAUGGCCAAGACCGGAAUAGGUAAAAUGAUAGCGAACAUAUUAUUUUAUGUGAUGUAUAUAACCCUGGGUUAGAGAUUAACUCUGCUGUUUUCAGCAUUAUUAUUAUCUCAAGUAGAAUUGCGACUACUGACAAAAAUUCUGCCCUUAAUACAAAUUUAAAAACAUAUCAGAUUUUCAAUAGGGAGCAUGAACAAAUUAUUGCAGUUCCAAUAUUAAAUUAGAUAGAUUAUAUUACAAUAUUCAAUUAGAAAGACAAUGUUAUUAUAUUUUAUAAGUUUGAUUAUCUUAUGAGAUUCAAUGAGAAGUAUAUACUGUAUUAAUUUGAUUCACGUAUUUUAGUAUAUUUAAUUAGAUGGAUAUGGAUCCCAUCAAAAUUUGUAGAUAAAAUUCUCUCCCAAUGCCAAAAACUUUAAAAAAAAUAUAUUUAUAUUAUUGCCGCCCCCCCCCCCCCCAAAAAAAUUUAAUUUGAUUCACGUAUUUUAGUAUAUUUAAUUAGAUGGAUAUGGAUCCCAUCAAAAUUUGUAGAUAAAAUUCUCUCCCAAUGCCAAAAACUUUAAAAAAAAAAUAUUUAUAUUAUUGCCGCCCCCCCCCCCCCUAAGUGAGUUUAGCUCCACUCCUAACCAACUAACCAAGUGCGUAAAGUACAUAUAGUAUUGGACUCUUCCUAUAGCAAACAGAACACAGGGCUAUAAAUUAUAAAAACUAUGAAAUACCAGUAAUCUGUAAAUUAAAUUUUUAAAAAGAACGGUAAGGUACAUACAAAAAAUGUUUUGUGAUAAUUCUCAUAGCACUUAUAAUUACAAUGGCAACAGGUCACGUGAACCAAGUGGACUGGAAGGACUGCACUCACAUUGGAGUGGGCAGGUCAUCCUCACGGGGUAUGAAUGACAUGUACAUUUAUGUGGCUAACUACCUGCCAACAAACACCAGGCAGGAGCAACUAGGAACAAGAACUCCGUCUAAGGGGUGGUAACUCCAUCUGAUAGCAAGAAUUCCAAGAUCUUGUAACGAGUUUUUCUGGGGGGUAACAUUGGUACUGGUAAUAAAUUUGAAUGAUAAAAAAUAUAUACAUUAAACCUAAGUCAUGUAAAAUUAAUAUUUUUUUAAGACUGACGAUAUCAUAGAUAACUUUGAUUAUUUACUCCCUCCAAAUGUGCAUAGAUUGUUGUUUUAAAUUAUAUCCUUGUAAAUUAACCUGAAAAGAACCUUCAGCAUUUAUUUUUAUCAUUAAAAUGGGCUGAAUAGAAUCUAUUUACAAAUUAUUGUUUAAAUUCACUUAAAAGCCACAUUUUUUGAGCCUCAUGAUUUUGAACUGUCAGAAGUGGUCCAGGGGUAUUCAAACUUUUCUGAGUCCUGAGCCAUAAUUUAAUUUAGGCUAAGAAAAUAUUCAGGGAGUAACUGGCAGCACACAUUGUUUAAAUCUGAUUUCCAGUCAAAAAUACAGUAAAACGAAAUUAAAUUAAAGGGAUUGUUUCCUGCAUGGGCUGUGGUUCUACUGAUGGUGAUGAUUGUUUCCUGUAUGAUUUCAUAUACUGUGUGUUAAGUUUGCUGUGAUAUUUAAGCAGAAAAUGUAGCAGGACAAAUGUCACAUUUAGAGGGUUUCUUUCCAUUUUUUUGUUUUUUGUGUCUACUUAAAUUUGUAUUGUGGGUAAAUGUAUCAGAACCAAUGUCAUUUUUGUAGGGUUUCUCUCCUGCAUGUAUUCUUUUAUGUACCAAGAUACCAGCAAAAUUAAUUUGUAUUUUUCUGUAAAUGUAGCAAGACAAAUGUAUUUUUAGGCUUCCUCCCAGUCAAUUUAGCGUCCAUUUUUUUUUUUUUUAAUUGAUGUUUCCCAAAACUAAUAGAAAAAUGCAUACAGAGAUCCAUAAAAGUAUAUAUAUUAUGAGGAUAGUAAACAAGGAAUCAUAUAUAUUGUCAUGUGUUAGGAAAGUAUGAAAUCAGUGAGCUAGGUUUAAGUGAAUUUUCACCAGUCGACAGUGAGUCAAAUUCUACUACCGACCUACUACUGGUUAUCUUUCAACUCACACCCAACCAGUCAACAGUGAGUCAAAUUCUACUACCGACCGACUACUGGUUAUCUUUCAACUCACACCCAACCAGUCAACAGUGAGUCAAAUUCUACUACCGACUACUGUUUAUCUUUCAACUCACACCCAACCAGUCAACAGUGAGUCAAAUUUUACUACCGACUACUGGUUAUCUUUCUACUACCGACUACUGGUCAUCUUUCAACUCACACCCACACUGACUUGUGAAACCGGGCGUCCUUUUUUAUCAUCUAAAUAUGUUUUUCAGUUUCAGACCAACUACUAAUACUAUAAUACUAUAGAAACUAGAGUGUAGACUAAUGUUUGCACAAUAAAAUGAAGGUAAACCCUUUUUUAGCGUGAUUAAUUAUUUCCAGUGAAAUAAAUUAAAAACUGCCUUACUGAUACAUUAAAACACUUUAAUUGAAAUGGUUAUUCUUACAUUUUUUUAUUGUGUACUGUACCAAUUAGUUUCUCGUGUAUUUUAGUUUGUUUUAAAAGAAUUUUUUAUUAAAAAAAAAUUUCUGUAUUUAAAAAAGCAGUCAAUCGAUAGGUUUGCUUAUUGUCUAAUCUGCCAAUGUAUGGCCAGAUCUUUUCCACUUUUCCUCAGUCUCAGACCAAAAGCAAUAUUCAUACUCAUAAAAAGAAUAUAAAUGCUUGUACCAUAUAAAAAGUUCAUUCAUAAACGACUGCAAAAAGAUAUGCAAGCCCAUCCCCCUUGUCCACACUUGCCCACGUGUGGCUUUCCAUCCCCACCCCUCUUCCCCAGGGCUGACUCAAGGUACCGGCAAUUCUGGCAGUUACCCGGGGUGCCAUGUGCUUAGGGUGUCAUCAACGAUCUUCAAAAUAGGUAAAAUCAUUGCAAUGUGGGCGCCAUAGAAGCAAAAGAGAAAAUGCAAUAAAAAAGAUUUGCUAAUCUAAUGGCUAUAAAACAUGUCACCAUUAGGUUAAUUGUUCAUUAUGCCCACAGUAGACUAAUUGUUCAUACUUCCCACGGUAUAGUAAUUGUUCAAACUGUCCAAAUUCAAGUUAAGGUAAACAAUUUUAUUUUUCAUUGUUUGUUUUUUUAAAAACCUAGGUAAUAAACUCAUUACCUAACUACUAAUCCCCAGUUUUUUCCUUGCACAUGAUUUUUAGUAAAUAAAAUACUUCCGGGGCAGUUUCUCCAUCCCAGGUACAAACUUAAAGAAUACAAUUUUCGAUUCAUUUUUUUCAAAAUUUCAGCAAGUGACAGAUUGUCACUAAUUGUUUCCAAGACCUGUAAAAUCUGAGGUUACCCGAAAUUUGUUUGAAAGCAAUUUUGUAGACGGAA